UUCAGUCGGUCGAUGCUCACCGGACAGGAAGCGUCUCGGAGACAGUCUGCGACCGGACGGCUCUAGGUGAGACAGAAGCCAAACAGGAGGAGGAAGUGGAGGGUAAGUGCUUCCGGGUCCCGUGGCGAAGACUCCGCCAUCUUUUCUUCGCCGAAUUUGACCCGUUCUCUUUCCCUCCUUGAAACCUUGCUCUGUACGCAUGCGCACUUUGUCUAGCCUGUCCCCUAGUUCAGGCUCCCCUCCGACUCAGCGUCCUGUUCCUUAGGGUUAUCGAGGUGUAUAAUGGUGCAGGGAAAGUGAGACUGUGUAAAACAAAGCGGAUUGGGGCGUUGUGUUUCCUUGUGCCUCGUGAGCCUCCGUUGCCUCGGGCGUUUGUUUCGCGCACCCUGCUGGGAGUUGUAGUCCUGGACCUGGAGGUGCCUGGGAGGCGGGAGGGGGGUUGGGGCUUCUCAGUGCCGAUUCCGCGGGAAGGGCCCUGGGGCCUCACAGUUCUAGUCGCGAGAGCCGAAGGUCUUACCCGGAGAGACGCAGCACGUGGAGCCUGUGCCGCUGCGGUUCUCGGCCGGCUCUGGAGCGCGGGCGGGGGCGACAGGGCCGAUUCCGGAGCGGGACUGAUCUUUUGAAAUACUUCAACCAUGACUAAAAGAGAAGCAGAGGAGCUGAUAGAAAUUGAGAUUGAUGGAACAGAGAAGCCAGAGUGCACAGAAGAAAGCAUUGUAGAACAAACCUACGCACCAGCUGAAUGUGUAAGCCAGGCCAUAGACAUCAAUGAACCAAUAGGCAAUUUAAAGAAACUGCUAGAACCAAGACUACAGUGUUCUUUGGAUGCUCAUGAAAUUUGCCUGCAAGAUAUCCAGCUGGAUCCAGAACGAAGUUUAUUUGACCAAGGAGUAAAGACAGAUGGAACUGUACAGCUUAGUGUACAGGUAAUUUCUUACCAAGGAAUUGAACCAAAGUUAAACAUCCUUGAAAUUGUUAAACCUGCGGACACUGUUGAAGUUGUUAUUGAUCCAGAUGCCCACCAUGCUGAAUCAGAAGCACAUCUUGUUGAAGAAGCUCAAGUGAUAACUCUUGAUGGCACAAAACACAUUACAACCAUUUCAGAUGAAACUUCAGAACAAGUGACAAGAUGGGCUGCUGCACUGGAAGGCUAUAGGAAAGAACAAGAACGCCUUGGGAUACCCUAUGAUCCCAUACAGUGGUCCACAGACCAAGUCCUGCAUUGGGUGGUUUGGGUAAUGAAGGAAUUCAGCAUGACCGAUAUAGACCUCACCACACUCAACAUUUCUGGAAGAGAAUUAUGUAGUCUCAACCAAGAAGAUUUUUUUCAGCGGGUUCCUCGGGGAGAAAUUCUCUGGAGUCAUCUGGAACUUCUCCGAAAAUAUGUAUUGGCAAGUCAGGAACAACAGAUGAAUGAAAUAGUUACAAUUGAUCAACCUGUGCAAAUUAUUCCAGCAUCAGUGCAAUCUGCUACACCGACUACCAUUAAAGUUAUAAAUAGUAGUGCAAAGGCAGCUAAAGUACAAAGAGCUCCAAGGAUUUCAGGAGAAGACAGAAGCUCACCUGGGAACAGAACAGGAAACAAUGGCCAAAUCCAACUAUGGCAGUUUUUGCUCGAACUCCUUACUGAUAAGGAUGCUCGAGACUGUAUUUCUUGGGUUGGUGAUGAAGGUGAAUUUAAGCUAAACCAGCCUGAACUGGUUGCACAAAAAUGGGGACAACGUAAAAAUAAGCCUACGAUGAACUAUGAGAAACUCAGUCGUGCAUUAAGAUAUUAUUAUGAUGGGGACAUGAUUUGUAAGGUUCAAGGAAAGAGAUUUGUGUACAAGUUUGUCUGUGACUUGAAGACUCUUAUUGGAUACAGUGCAGCAGAGUUGAACCGUUUGGUCACAGAGUGUGAACAGAAGAAACUUGCAAAGAUGCAGCUCCAUGGAAUUGCCCAGCCAGUCACAGCAGUAGCGCUGGCUACUGCUUCUCUGCAAACAGAAAAGGAUAACUGAGCCCCAGUACGUUCUGGGACUCCAAAGUCUUUCUUAAAAUGUUUAGAGCAAGUAUAGCUCUUACCUUUAUUAUCGAAUUUGAAUCUUCUUUUAUUUCUAGACUGUACAAUCUGAUGCAUGAUUUUUUUUAUAAAUAUUUCAUACUCUUGUGAAUUUGGAUCUUUUUACUUUGAGCAUAUAUUUUAGAAUAUGUGUAUGUUAAAUUAUCUCCACAGUGUCUGCAGCGUGAAGGCAGGUUCAUUGUGGAAUAGUUUGUUAAAACAGUCAGGAAAGCUAAACUGGUCAGUAUUAAUGUGUAGCCCUACCAAAAAUAGCCAGUAGUAUCUGAAAAUGAAAAAUAAAUGAAGUAUCUUCAGGAAACAGUCUGGCUUAACUAUUUUUGAAAAUAUAACUGUUUCCCCUCUCUGCUGCUUUAGAUGUUGCUUUACCUAGAACCAGAAAAUGGAAUUUCUCAGCUAAAGCAUGUGCCUGUUUCAUCUAAUCAAGCAGAGCUAAAAUGUUCAUAGUGAAUAAAAUUAUAUUAAUAAAUUACUAAACUAAGAGUAUCAGGUUAUUUAUAUAUUUGCAAGCAAAGGACAGUAAGAAGUUGACUGGCAAAAGAACAGUGCUGAAGGAGAAGAUCGAGGUUUAAAUCUGGCUUAUUAACUCAAGCCAGUUUUAAGGGUUUUCUGAAUAGAUUAUUCAUGUCAGACCAAGAAUUUAAAUUAUUUUGAGAGAGACAUUUAAUUCUAAUAAACCAGCUGUUACAGAAAUUAUAAAAUGAUCUCUGUUUUUUCUGUCAGAGAUUUAAAAAACUGAAAAAGGUAUACCUCAACCCAAAAAUAAAGGUUUGGUUUGGUUUGUUAUGGCUUCCUUUUUUUUAAAAAUUACCCUAUAGUGCCAGUUUAUUAUGCAAAGCAGCUUAUAUUCCUGUGUUUCUGAUAAAAUGAAGACUUUAAAUCAGUCAGCAGUACUUUACCUUUCAAGGCAUUAGUAAAUUACUUGCAAAUAGUUUUAAAAGGAAAAUUUGACCUUUGUUAUAGGCAGACUUCUCUAUAAAACAAUACUUUUCUACUUUUUUCUUUUGAAUAUAUAUGUGUACACAUAUGUCUAUAUACAUAUUCAGUUGAUCAUUUUAUAAUAAACAUACAUGAAGGCAUAAAGACAUGCAGAAGUUAUUAACUCAUUUUAAGACUUCUAAUUAUUGCAUAUAUGACAUUCCUUACACAAGCUAACACUAAACAAAAAUGGCUAGAAGUGUCUCAUUUGUUUGUUUUAAGAUAUUAAGCACGAAUUAUUAUAUGAGACUGGCAGAUAGCUAUUAAUCCUCUUACAGAUUUGAGAAUGCUGAUUCUCAAAUAUUUAUGUACCUUCUCCUUUAUCUUCUUUAAAUCUGUCCCUUUAAAAAGCUUCUUAAGAGCUCAGUUAAUGCUUUUGACUUAACUAGGAGAAAGGGAGGUGAUAAUACAGGCAAAAUGGCAUUGUUAGCAAUUCUGGUAGUGGUUUGGAAUGAAUCUUAAGAGGCAGGGAUCUUAAGGUUAAGGAAGAGGGGAGACAGAGAAGAGGGAUCUUUGAUCUCUUUCUCUGGUAAUCUUAAAGCAUAAUUUUACUACAACAUUUUCUUUUAAUUCAUUUAUAUUAAGUCCUUUCUGCAGUGGGUAUCUGAGCAGAGUAUUUCCGUUCUUUUUUGAAAGAGAAUAUAUGGACAAAUUGUUAGUACAAUUUGGGCACUGUGGUUGUAAGAAUAUCAGUAAAAUAACAAUAUGAAAAUAUACAGAAGCUCUAGCUUCAGAUAACAAAUAGACAGCUUGAAAGGUUUGUACCAUCCUCUUACAACCUAGGGAGCUGAAAAGUUGCUUGUAGUUUUAAAAAAAUAAUAAAGUAUACCCUUCUGGUAUAUUAUCAAGAACUUAAGAAUCUUGACUUUCAUAUUUAAAAUGCUUUUGGGGAGACAUAUAUUAAAAUUUUAGCCAGCAUGACAAACAUGUCUCAAUUAUAUAUGUGUGUGUAUGUUCUUAAAGCUAGAAACACAUUUGUUUUAGAUCCCUAGAAUGAAAAUUUUUUUUCUCAUCUAUGCAAUUACCAUAUGCUUUUUUAAAAAAUAUUUUAUUCAUUUUCUAUGGCAAUUUUCAUUUUAUUUCUCAUCAUAAUUUGAACAGAGACAGUUCUCAUAUAUGAUCAGAUGCUUUUUCUUAUCAUUUAUGCACGACAACGUAGGUAAGUAAUAUGACUAAUUUCUCCAGUUGAUCCAAGAAACUCAUUACUUUGCCUCAAAUUAUUUAUAAAAUAUUUGUUUUACUUACUGAGGUUACAGUUAUCAGAAAGCCAGGUAGUCUUUUCUUCUAUUAAAAGAUAACAUUGGGAAAGAAAAUAAAAUUAAUGCUAUUCAUUUUCAUUUUUAUAUAUGAAUAUUUCACAGAAUUUACAGUAUAUGCAAAGGAAGAAAGAAUUAUUAGUGGUCAUUUUUACCUUAAAAAUACAAGAAUAUAAGUAAAAGAAAUGUUCAUUUAUGUUUUAAAACUUGUUUUUCAUAUAAAGUUUUUAUUGAGCCAACUUUCAUACAUAUCUCACUAGCCUGAAGUCUAAAUAUUUGUGUUGAUAUCAGAAAAUCAAACAAAUUAGGCAGGAUUACCAUGUGUGGUUCAUCUUCAGAUAAAUUGAUCACAUUCAUUUUUGUAUCAGUCUAUGUCAUUUAAUUAGGAAAAACUGUUUGGUUUUCUCCCCUGAUUAAUGUUGAUACUCAAGUAUGACACAAAAAGAAUUGUACCACCAAAUAUUUUGUGAGGUCUGAUGUUUUUCAUAUUCAUCAUUUUAUGCUACUGCCUUUAAGAACUUGAAAUAGCACAAAAAUGUUUUAAAAUUCAUAAUUGCAAAACAAACCUGUGACUAACUUAAUGUCUUCAGAUCUAAAGGGUGUAAAAAUAUUGACACUUCAAUAUUUCACUUGCUGCGAGGAAAAAAAAAUUCUCAAUCUUUUGUAAAAGGGAGGAGGACUUUUGCAUACAUUUUUACUCUUUAAAUAACGACACUUAUACUGUCAUAAUAACAAUUAUGUAUUUCUUUGUGGUUUUGUUUUGUAAUUUUACAUAAAACAGUUAUUUUCUAUUUUUACGCAGAUAAAAAAAUAUUUGUGCAUAAAAUGUAAAAAUAGUAAAAUGAGAAAAAUAAAACUAUUAUACAGUA